AUGUAUGUGAAAUGGUUUGAUACAGGAAUGUUAUACUAUGUGAUUUUAGUGUAUUUAGUGAAUGUCACUUUUUGUCAUUUUCAAAUUUCCCGCCGUUCCAUCCCCGUAUGUCCCGACGCUCGCAGGGGACGGAACCAAGAUGACAGAUGCCGGCAUCGGCCGGAGGACAUUGCCGGGGACACUGCAGGGGGGACAUCGCGGAAGCGCAGGACAAGGUAAGUGACUGAGGGAUCGCAGAGCAGAGCCGCAUGGUAAGCCCGAGUGUAGCUCGGGGUUACCGCUUGUGCUACACUCGGGAAUACCGCCAGGGAGGCUACCACUAA